UUAUCAUGUUUCAAGCUGGUUUUGGGGAAACCAUUCGUAGUGCUGUGCUGGUGGACCACCAACAGGGAUUGCCCGUUUACUAAAGAGAAGAACGGUGGACUCCAUUUACCGUACCUGCUAGAGAAAACAGUAAUGAGUUCAUCUGUUUGCGGAGACCCCCUGUCCCAUGGAGACAGUGGAGUCAAGCAACCUUUAUCAGCAACCUCGGGAGAUGUCAACAAUAUGACAGGAAACUCUUACACAUCUGAACAGAGCGGCGAAUGCGAGAAGCCAUCGCCGGGUCUCAACAUGGAGCAUGGCUUCGUGAAGAAGAUUGAGCGGAUGCAGCUGACGCGCGACAGCCAGCACUGCGAGGAUGAGAAGCAGGCAAAGUCGGAGGCGACGAAGAUGGCGAGGCGGGUCGGCUUCAUGCCGAAGUCGGCCAAACCGACGAUGGCGCUUUACAGGCCUCCUGCUGUUAGAGUGCUGGAGCAGCAUGGUGAGCUUCAUGUGCAAGCGCUGUGCAGGCAUGCAGCGUACUGCAGCACAGCACAGGGCAGCAGCAAGACGCUGCGCCGACAUCUCACGUUAGUCGCGAGAGACUGCGAGUCAGCCGAUCAUGCUGGCUUUGCAGCUCUCUCAGUUGCAGGCCUGCGAUCCGACAAGGAAGCUGCACACGAUAAGAUUGAACUGUCCACCAGCACAGCACACGGCGACGAAAUGAAAGAAACAAAAGCGACCUCUCCCGUGCGUGAGGGAAGAAUUGAAACGGAGCAGACGGACACAAAGUCUGCCAGAAAACGAGAGGCGCCGCAAGGCAGCCCCGAAAAAAGCGAAGAAAAGGAAGCCGUGGAGGAAACCCAGGACGUGACCUUGGACAUGAAAGAGGUUGACAUUGCCGGGUUUGGUGAAGAGGCUCGCCCGUUCCUGCAGCAGUCGAUUCUGGAUCCAUGUUCGCUGAAUUCGUACUACUUGGCCGAGGUUGCCAAGGUGAUCUGUAACAGGGCGAUGGAUGAUCGAAGCUACUGCCAGGUAGCCGGAAAGAUAUUCAGGACGGUGAUAAAGAAAGAAGCCGAAACUUCGAAGGAAGCAACCUUCUUCACGGCGAUGAUGGGGGCGCUGCAGCUGCUCCACGGCCAGCGGGAGAGGAUGAAAAAAGAGAGCGCCUUUGCGGUUUACAUGUCCCUGCUGUGUGAAGUGUUCAGGUAUGUGAGGCCAGUCAACCCUCAACUUGGGCCUAUCACACAGCUGCUGUUCAGUUGUUUUCACGAGGUGAUAAUACCACCAGAUGGCAACUACAUCUGUGACGAGCUCGACUGCAUGUGCUAC